GCUCUGUCAGGCUUGGUGCUGUUACCACUUCCAUGAGGAGCACCCAGCCACCCUCUGGGUGAAGAACCUUUUCCUGAUCACAGCCUAAAUCUCCCCUGACUCAGCUUCAGGCCACCCUAAAAAUUCUGCCUGAAAUUCUGCAUCCUUUGAGUCCACUAUCAGUGCUACAUCCUUUUAUUAACCUCCCCUAGGCCUGAGGUCACUGAAGGUGUCCAGCCCUAAACCUGAACAAGGCAAUUCUACCAACCAGUGAUUCGCCUUUGUAAUCUUGCCUGCAAAGGCUGACCUGGAACAGAGACUAGACAGAGCAGAAGGAAAAAAAUAGUAUUUAUUGAAAGGAUCCACUUUGGGCAGUGCGAGAGCCAGGCUGGGGCUACACCCAAAUCAAAUCCAAGAUGGAUCCUGGUCAGGAGUUUUUACACUUUUAUAAGUCUUGGUUCAUCUACACAUUGGGGUCAGUUGUCCAACCACAGCUCCAGGCUAUGAAGUCUCAGCUCCCUGGCUUGUCCCCUUUCCCUCACCCUUGUUUAUGCUUUUUGGGUACCAGCUGUCCUUAAUUACCUAGCUAGAAAUUAAUUGUUUUGUCUAAUUACCCUGUGAAGAGACCUUACUAACACCUAAUAUGAAGUUUAAAAGUUACACACUAAGCAGCAGAGAUUCUGAAAAAUAUAAAAGCUAAAACCCAAGGCAUCAGUAACGCCUGGGCGUCACUUGCAGCUUGCUCGUUAGCUGAUGUUUCACGGCUUAAAUCACCCUUAUCGUAGCUUGGGCUUGAAAUUGUACAAAGAUCGAAAAACAUCCUUUCUUUAGCAAUUCUGUAUGUAUUCCACGUUUUACAACACGCCCCGGCCGGGCCGAGCCCGCCCCGCGCCCCUCACAGUGCUCUAAGAUGGCGGCCGGCCCGGCCCCGGCCCCGCCGCGCGCGCCGUAGCCGUGGUAACGCGGCGGGCCCGGCUCCCGCAGCCCGCGGCUCCCCCGGCCCGGCCCCGCCGCUCAGGUACGGACCCAUGGCCGGGGCCGGGGCUGGGGCCGCGUCCCUCCCGCGGCGCUGAGGGGGGGUUUACCCAGCUCGCCCCCGCCGCAGGAUGGAGGCCCAGCGGGGGCAUCGCGGCGAGGGGGCUUUAAAAGCUGCGCAGCGUCUCCGUGCAGAUUCUCCCCAGAUACACGGUGUCACACCAUGGAGGAGCGUGCCAACCUCAUGAACAUGAUGAAGCUCAGCAUCAAAAUCCUCAUCCAGUCAGCCCUGAGCCUGGGCCGGACCCUGGACUCCGACUUCCCACCACUGCAGCAGUUCUUCGUGGUGCUGGAGCACUGCCUCAAGCACGGCCUCAAAGUGAAGAAGACUUUUAUUGGGCAAAACAAAUCGUUUUUUGGUCCUCUGGAACUAGUGGAAAAACUUUGUCCCGAAGCAUCAGAUAUAGCAACUAGUGUUAAAAAUCUGCCAGAGUUGAAGACUGCUGUGGGCAGAGGGAGGGCUUGGCUCUAUCUAGCACUCAUGCAAAAGAAACUGGCAGAUUAUCUCAAAGUACUCCUGGACCAUAAGCAUCUGUUAAGUGAAUUUUAUGAACCUGAUGCAUUGAUGAUGGAGGAAGAAGGAGCAGUUAUUGUGGGUCUGCUGGUUGGACUGAAUGUUAUUGAUGCAAACCUCUGCUUGAAAGGAGAAGACUUGGAUUCCCAGGUUGGAGUGAUUGAUUUUUCCUUGUACCUUAAGGAAACGCAGGACAGUGAUGGCAAACAAGAUGGAGGGAUUACAGCUGUUCUUGACCAGAAGCAUUAUGUGGAAGAACUGAACCGACAUCUAAGUUGCACGGUUGCAGAUCUCCAGAACAAAAUAGACUGUUUAGAAAAGACCAAUUCAAAACUCCAGGAAGAGCUUGCAGCAGCUACCGACAGAAUUGGAUCCCUUCAGGAAGAGCAGCAGCAGCUAAAACAACAGAAUGAAUUAAUUCGUGAGCGGAGUGAAAAAAGUGUAGAGGUAACAAAAGAGGAUACAAAAGUAGAAUUGGAUACUUACAAGCAGUCACGCCAGGGUCUUGAUGAAAUGUACAGUGAUGUUUGGAAGCAGUUGAAAGAAGAAAAAAAAAUCAGGCUGGAACUAGAGAAAGAGUUGGAGCUACAAAUUGGAAUGAAAACAGAAAUGGAAAUUGCCAUGAAACUUCUGGAAAAAGAUACUCAUGAAAAACAAGACACUUUAGUUGCCCUUCGUCAACAGUUAGAAGAAGUGAAGGCCAUUAACUUGCAGAUGUUUCACAAAUCUCAGAAUGCAGAGUGUUCAUUACAACAGAAAACAGAAGCAAUAUCCUCUUUUGAAGGAAAAACAAAUGAGAUGAUGUCCUCUAUGAAACGAAUGGAGGAGAGACUGCAGCAGGCAGAGAAGGCCAGGCAGGCAGCAGAGGAUCGGUGCAAUAAGAUGAAGCAGGAGCUGGCUGAGAGGCUCGACUCAUGUCGGCAGCAGAUGGCCCAGCUGGACAGCAAAUGCUCAACUCUGGAAAAGGAGUUAAAAUCUGAAAAGGAACAGAGACAAACUUUGCAAAAAGAACUGCACCAAGAGAAGGAUGCAACCACUCUGCUUAAAACAGAAUUGCAACAGAUGGAAGGACUGAAAAAGGAACUGAGAAAACUGCAAGACGAGAAGCAGCAGCUGAAGAAGGUCCGUGAGGAGCAGGAACAAGCUCUUCAAGAAAUGGGACUUCAUCUCAGCCAAUCAAAGCUGAAGAUGGAAGACAUUAAAGAAGUAAAUAAAGCACUAAAGGGUCAUACGUGGCUGAAGGAUGAUGAAGCAACCCACUGCAAACAAUGUAAAAAGGAAUUCUCCAUCUCAAGAAGGAAGCACCACUGCAGGAACUGCGGGGACAUCUUCUGCAACACUUGUUCCAGUAACGAACUCGCGCUGCCAUCGUACCCAAAACCCGUCCGUGUCUGUGAUAAUUGUCACACAUUACUGCUCCAGCAGUGCUCCUCUAACUCCUCCUAAGGCUCUCCCACCCUUGUCAGAGCCACUUUAACAUUGGAAAGUAGCCAUUAUUUUUUUAAUUCUGAAUCGCAGGUGUCUUCUCUGCAGCAGACUGGACUGGCUGGUCUGAUGAUUUCCACUGUAAGAUCAGUGUAAAUUAAUUUGUAGGGAUUGUGCAAGCUAAUGGUUCUCCAACUGAAAUAAUUAAGAAGCUUAUAUCAACUGUAAUUUCCCCAAAAGUUCUAUUUGAAACUAAGAUUCAUUUUUCUGAUUUUUAUAGAUAUUUGUAUUAAAAUUUGUAUAUGGCAUUUCUACAUUUAUUUGAUCCCUGUAGACAUCAUUGUCUCUCUCUGUACAUGAAUUUAAUUUCUUUACCUUCACUGUAGGUGCUCCUGUGUGUUCCCCUGGCUCGUGUACAGUUUUGUAUUUGCUCUAAGUCAGAGAGGAAAAGGUCAAUUUAUGAAUUGUGUAUAGAAAGCCUUAUAAAGAGUGUUAAUGAAUGUGCCUUCAGUUCACUGCACAGUCAAAAACUGCACAUUAUACUUGUUCUGGAAGUCGCUGUGACCACAGUGCAGUAGUUACACAAUAAAGUCUUUUGCAAAAAUUGAAA